CGGUAAUUGGUCACCGAUGAAUUGGUUUUGGGACAACCCUGACAGAACUCGAUGUUCUCGAUAUCUUCCCAGAACUACAUCAAAAACAAUUCGCAUCAAUCUGCAGUCCAUUCUCGCACUAUUUUCUGAUUAGGAAUGCAUCUUUCGAGACCGAUGGGCUUAUACAAGUGCAAAGGAGCAAUCUUGUAAACGAUCCGACCUUUGCAAAUGAAGUCAAAAUGCCCAAGCUGAACAGAGGCCCAGCACGACAAAAGCAGACCCAAGCACCAGUCUAUCACAUCCCCACAAGAGAGAUAACAGCAGUUGAGCACCCUUUGAUCGUGCAGAAUCUGGACAAUGGCCUCAAAACGUUUGGAACAAAUAAGCCUUACGAAAGAAUCAUGAACUCCAUUGACCCAGAAGAAUGUGUGCCGCUCUAUCUAAGACACAACGAUCCUAUGUGUGUCCCUAUAUUGUCACAUAACGCUCCUACCAAUAACGUCCUCCUCAAAAUCACUGUCCCCAAGCGCACUGGUCGUAAGCGGAAGCGAGGUUCACAGGAUCCUUACGAGUUUAGCAGUCCUCCGGUCUCCGCUGCAGGUCAAGAGCAUGCCGUCAGCUCAGUCUCAAGAAUGGAUGAACCUUCUCAAAUCUUGAGGAAGAUGAAGGACAAUGUGAACAGUUACCAGGUUGAGGCUGUUGGCGAGAUCAGACAGAGUCAUCGAUAUAGAGGCAUGUCCGAUUUCCAUCAGUCCACGAGCAAUACCGAGUUCAUCCCCAAAUUCAAGGAUACAGUGCUCACUGGUCGAAGUAAGUCCCAGAGGAUUCAUCGUCUGCCAUCCUAUUAACUUUCCACAGUCGAGGAUAUACGGAGAUUCAAGCUGGACGAAAGAAGAGGUUGGAAACCAAACGAGGAUAUUGUUCCCCCACCAAUCAUGUCCAGUCAUGCUCUACCAUUCAACUGGGGCUGGCAUCAAGCUGUUCAUCUCACCCAAGAGCAAGACGAGAAAGGAAACCGCAUCCUGAUCAACCACUCUAAGCCAGAAAAGGGCGGUGUCAUAUACCUCAGUCACGACGUCGAAGAAAUCCCCACGGAACCCGACAGAGAAGAGCCAACCGACGAGUCCAUCCAAGAACUCAUCGCCACCCUGAAAGAGGCUAUGAAAGAACGCCCCAUCUGGACCCGAAGAUCUCUUCUCAACCGCGUAGGCAACGUUCCGGGCAUCUAUCAAUUCAAGCAGGCCAUCCCUUUCGUCGGCUACCAAUUCAAAGGCGGGCCCUGGCGCGACGCCCUCAUCGAAUUCGGCGUCGACCCCCGAACCGACCCCCGCUACCGCCAAUACCAAACAUUCUUCUUCCAAUUCAACGACGAGUCCGAGAAGCUCGAAGGCGAGCCCUGGCGCGACAACAGGCAGAACUUCAACCUCUCAAAGGAACACGGCAUCACGCACACCAACGACAACACGCACGUAUUCGAUGGCAAGAAACUCACACUCGACGGCAAGAUCUGGCAAGUCUGUGAUAUCACCGUCCCACUCCUCGUGAACCUCAUGGAAGACGCCCCAUAUCGCGAAAAAUGUGAGAUCCUGACUGAUGGCUGGUAUUGCAACGGCACGAUCGCCAAGUUCAAAGGCAUCAUGAAAACCAAACUCGUCGCUGUAAAAGCCCGUCGCGAAGUAGCAGACUCGGAGUUUGAACCCGCUCUCGCCAUCCCAGAUAUCGUGCCCGACAAACUCAGCAAGCUCAUCCCGGUCCCUCUGCCGGAUCUCGGUCUAUCUCAAAAUGCCCUCGAUGAUAUGACGAAAGACGGGGUAUUGAGUAAGAGUGAAGCGACAACAAUUCAAAGAUGGUUUAGGAAUAAGAAGAGUUACAAAGCGAGGCAAGAACGCAUUCGUGGUGUGGCUGGGAACGAUCCCGAUCGACCGGCUGCAACUCCGAAAAGCCAAGUUCCGAAGAGGAAGUACGUCAGGAAAACGAAGCCUAACCCUGGAGACGGCAUUGCAGCUGUUACGGACGGCAAAUCUGCGAAUACACCCUCAGGUAUUGUGGACACAAAUGCACCACACACACUUUUGAGUCCUACUCCUGAGGUUACAAUACCUGCCCCCAUAUCCGCAUUAAUCGAUCCUCAUCUUCCCUUGGAACCCUCCCCUCUUGCCCUGUCCACCACCCCAGGGGAAUCCUCAACCGCUACUCCUGCUCAAAACCCACCCAUCCCCAAUCCUCCAUCUAUAUCCACAUCCAUAUCCGGCAAUGGCAACGGAAACAGAACAGGCGGGAGCACAACCGAUGAGCAGCCUAUGGCCGACGCACUCGAGCACUUCGAUUCAACCAGCACGCCUCACACUCCCAUCAAUCCUCAGACAUCCGCUUUUACUGGAAACGAAGCAUCCUCCUCCCAUGACGAAGAAGAAGACGACGAUGAGGAUGAUAUGGAUGACAUAGACAGUGAAGAUGAGAGGAACGCACUUGCUAGCGAGUUAGACGAUGACGAUGAUCGAGAGGAGUACUUUAGUGAUGCGGUGGAGGAUCAAUUUCCGGGUAGGAAGGGUGGAGAGAGGAGUGGGAAUGAGGAUGAGGAUGGUGAUGAUGGGGAGAAUUGAGCUUAGGGGUUAGACGGGGACUGUUUGAUACACAGAAUGAGUAAUAGGUCAGAUCGUCGAGCCAUCGUGCCGCGCUGCAUAGCAAUCAGAGGGGAGAAGGUAGGAUAUAUAAGAGAACGAGCGAAAGAUCAAGCGAUACAAAGCUAUCUGACCCUCCCCUCCUACCCUAGCAGCAAUUCAAUGAUGUGGGCCGAGCUCUGGGAAUCGGGGCAUGGCAUUUGUGUCACAUAA